AGGCAACUUCCUCUUCUCUUAGAGCUCUGUGUGACUGAGUGGCGGUUGAACACAGUCACAGAGCACAUUUUCAAAACAAGAACGAAUACUGCUGGAUGACAGAACAUCACACCAACAACACACACUGAAGAAAACCACUUGCAGUGGUGUCUGCUCAACGAAAUAAUACAGACACUGACUUGGCAACACAUGACUGAGGACCUGGCUGGAGUCAAGACAGAGGGAUAAUUUGUAAGAGGCGGGCUGACUCCUAUGCAACCAUGCUGAAAUCUUUAAACCUCUUGAAGCAGCUUGGCUCUGUGGGGAAGUCACAGGAUGCCACAGAUCUUCUCACAGAAGAUCUGGUUAUGGUGGAGCAGCGGGUGGAGCCAGCCAAGAAGGCAGCGCAGGUUAUUCACAAGAAGCUGCUGGGCUGUCUGCAGAGUCAACUAGGGCUGGACACAGAGAGAAGAAUGAAAAAGCUCCCUCUCAUGCUGCUCUCUGUUAGCAUGGCUGAGAGCUUUAAAGACUUUGAUCCAGACUCUUCUAUCAGGAAAGUAUUGGAGAUGUGUUGCUUCAUGGAGAGUCAUCUGGCCGCAACACUGUCUGACUUUGAGCUGAAGCUGGAGAAGGAGGUUUUGGAACCUCUCAAUAAACUCAGUGAGGAAGACCUUCCAGAGAUUCUCAAAAACAAGAAGCAGUUUGCCAAACUCACAAUGGACUGGCACAAUGCACGCAACAAGUCCCAGGCUAGUACGGGACCUCAGGCAAAGCAGGAUGGGCUGAAAGAGGAGGUGGAGGAGGCCUGGAGGAAACUGGAGAGCAUCAAGGACCAAUACUCUGCAGAUCUGUAUCACUUUGCCACUAAAGAAGAUGACUAUGCCAACUACUUCAUUCGUCUGCUGGAACUACAAGCAGAACAUCAUAAGAAUUCCCAUGACUUCCUCGAACGAAACAUCAGUGAGCUGAAAGACAGUCAAACAGACUCCCAGGAGAAUAACUAUAAGGGGAAGGUUUACGGGGAGUCUCUGCUGACUCAUCUGUACAACAGCGGCAGGGAGAUCGCUGUUCCCAUCCAGGAGUGUGUUCACAUGCUGCUGCACACCGGCAUGAGAGAGGAGGGUCUGUUUCGUCUGGCAGCAGCAGCCUCGGUAGUGAAGAGACUGAAGAGCAGUCUGGAUGGAGGGGUCGUGAACCACAGUGAAUUCACUGACCCUCAUGCAGUCGCAGGGGCUUUGAAAAGCUACCUGAGAGAGCUGCCUGAACCACUCAUGACCUUUGAACUCUACAAUGAUUGGUUUCAAGCAGCAGGGGAGAAAGAAUUGACAGACAAACUUGAGCAGUUUAAAAUUGUGCUGAAGAAGUUACCAUCAGAAAACUAUAACAACCUCCGGUACCUGGUACAGUUCCUGUCGUGCCUGUCAGAGCAGCAGUCGGUUAACAGGAUGAGUCCCAGUAACAUUGCCAUAGUACUGGGUCCCAACCUGCUGUGGCCUCGCAUGGAGGGGGAGGCAGCUCUGUUGGACAUGGCAUCUGCCUCCUCCGUCCAGGUGGUGGCGGUGGUUGAGCCUCUCAUACAACACUCCAGCAGGCUGUUUCAUGAAGAGGUGGACUUUGAGAUUCCUGAGCUUCCUGGGGUCCCAGAUUUGAAAAUUUUAGAACCUCAAACUUCAGAGUCUGGGAAAGAGAACCUUGCCAGAAUGACCUCCUCCUCUUCAUCAUGCGCUUCCUCUUCCUCUUCUCAUGCUUCUCUCUGUAAAACAAUCAGCUCAGCAUCUCAGGACAGUGGAGGUUUUUUCAUCAUUAAGUCAGGCUCCAUUGGUCGUAGAACCACCACCUGGGGGAACCCUGCCUCAGACCCACCAUGCUCAACCCCACUUAACCGUACCCAGAGCCCGUCCCCUGUCCCAAGCCCGACACUGGUCCACAACCCAUCCCCACUACCCAGCCCCAAACUGGCACCUGGCCCAACACUGGUUCCCUCCCCACCACCAGUGUCUGUCUGCAGUCCGACCCAGAAGCAGAGCCCUGAAUCGGGCUCACUAGAACCCAUCCUAGAGGCCCCACCGGACUCCCCCAGAGCUACACUGAAGAUCACCUCACCAUACAAACCGAGGAAAUCCUUCCUUCAACACAUGCCGCCCAUCCAGAGUAAAGAGCAGGUGGCCGUUACAUACUCCAAACCCAGGGCCCCAGCACCUCUAGCACCAGCAGAGACACCCAAAACCCAGCUACAACCUGCACCCAAGCCUCUUGCUCCAGUCCUGAAGAAGACCCUAAGCAAAAAGGGUGCAAUUAGGCCACCCCAAAUCCCACCUCCCAAGCCCCCAGUACUGGAAAGCAAACAGGUGACCUCUAUAGCACAGUGAGGGGGUAGAGAUACACUAUAUACUGUAUACAAAAGUAUGUGAACCCCUUCAAAUGAGUGGAUUUGGAUACUUCAGCCACACCCAUUUGUUUAUGUGUAACUCUGUGUUGUUUUUGUUGCACUGCUUUGCUUUAUCUUGGCCAGGUCGCAGUUGUAAAUGAGAACUUGUUCUCAACUGGCCUACCUGGUUAAAUAAAGGUGAAAUAAAAUAAAAAAUACUGACAGGGUGUAUACAAUCAGGCACACAGCCAUGCAAUCUCCAUUGUCAAACAUUGUCAGUAAAAUGGCCUUAUUGAAGAGCUCAGUCAAAUCAAAUCAAAUCAAAUUUAUUUAUAUAGCCCUUCGUACAUCAGCUGAUAUCUCAAAGUGCUGUACAGAAACCCAGCCUAAAACCCCAAACAGCAAGCAAUGCAGGUGUAGAAGCACGGUGGCUAGGAAAAACUCAGUGACUUUCAACAUGGCCUCGGAUUCCACCUUUUCAACAAGCCAGUUCAUCAAAUGUCUGCCCUUCUAGAGCUGCCCGGUCAACUGUGAGUGAUGUUAUUGCGAAGUGGAAACGUCUAGGAGCAACAACGGCUCAGCCACGAAUUGGUAGGCCACACAAGCUCACAGAAUGUGACCGCUGAGUGCUGAAGCACGUAAGGCGUCAAAAUCGUCUGUCCUUGGUUGCAACACUCACUACAGAGUUACAAACUGCCUCUGGAAGCAACGUCAGCACAAUAACUGAUUGUCCGGAGCUUCAUGAAAUGGGUUUCCAUGGCCGAGCAGCCACACACAAGUCUAAGAUCACCAUGUGCAAUGCCAAGUGUCGACUAGAGUGAUGUAAAGCUCGCCGCCAUUGGACUCUGGAGCAGUGGAAACGCUUUCUCUGGAGUGAUGAAUCACUCUUCACCAUUUGUUAGUCCAACAGACAAAUCUGGGUUUGGCGGAUGCCAGGAGAAUGCUACCUGCCCCAAUGCAUAGUGCCAACUGUAAAGUUUGGUGAAGGAGGAAUAAUAGUCUUGGGCUGUUUUUCAUGGUUCGGGCUAUGCCCCUUAGUUCCAGUGAAGGGAAUUCUUAAUGCUGCUGCAUACAAUGACAUUCUAGACAAUUCUGUUUGGGGAAUGUUCUUUCCUGUUUCAGCAUGACAGCAUGACAAUUUCCCUGUGCACAAAGCGAGGACCAUACAGAAAUGGUAUGUCGAGAUCGGUGUGGAAGACCUUGACUGGCCGGCACAGAGUCCUGACCUCAUCCCCAUCGAACACCUUUGGGAUGAAUUGGAACGCCGACUGCAAGCCAGGCCUAAUCACCCAACAUCGGUGCCUGACCUCACUAACGCUCUUGUGGCUGAGUGGAAGCAAGUCCCUGCAGCAAUGUUCCAACAUCUAGUGGAAAGCCUUCCCAGAAGAGUGGAGGUUGUUAUAGCAGCAAAGGGGGUACCAACUCCAUAUUAAUGCCCAUGAUUUUGGAAUGAGAUGUUUGACAAGCAGGUGUCCACAUACUUUUGGUCAUGUAGUGUAUAGUGUAUUAUCUAAGCCUGUGUAAAGAAGUGUUCUUACGCUUUAGGUACAAAUGUUUGACUGUAACCUGACAUUUGGAGUAACCUGCUUUGGGUUGCAUAUCAAGGCCAGAGAUGUAUUGUGCUUCUGCAGCCAGUUCAACUCUUAGAGAAAAAGUGCUUUGUAGUUUGAGAGCUACCAUACACGAAUUAUAUGUUGUGAUUUCUUUAGUGCACGUUUUGUAUCACAGUUGUAUGAAUGUUUUCAGACAUGUAAAUAAAAUAUUAAUGCCCAUGCUUAUUAAAAACAUUUUAUUUCAUU